CCAGGCUUUCUGUUCUCCAGAAUUACAAAUGACGUACCUUUCAAUCUGUCAUCGACCAGACAAACUAACUAUAUAAAAGGAAAAAAAAUCCACAUUGUUCAGAAGAGGUAGUCUAGCACACUGGUUCUUUCAUUCUUCAAUUGUAACUGAACAAGACAAAUAUAAAGGAAGAGGUGAGUUUAUUGACUGCAAGUAUCUUUUGAUGUUGUAUAAAUGCCCUUAUGCAUUUUGGAUCUACUUUAACUCUACUUGUAAUUAUGACUAUAUUCUUCUAUUAUUUUUAUAUGGCAGGGUGAUGUGAAUGUUAUUUUUUAUGAAUGUAUUAUAAAGCACAGACAGUCUUUGUCAGGUUGAUCUGAGAAUUGUUUGUUAAACAAUGAAUACAAAAAAGGCAUACCAAUUAGAAGCCAAUAUUUUAAUGUUUAACCUCAAUUUUAUAUGUUUAAUCUAUUAUUUGUAGAUUAUAAAUUUUAGGUUAGGAUUUUUUGUACAUUUAUAAAUUUUUACUUUUUUAUUAUCAUAUUCAUUGGAAAUAUAAUUCCUAAAAGUGUCAGUUUGCUCUGAAAUGUAGACCUGAAAUUUAGAAAAAAAGUCUUAGAAACCUCAUAGAAAAUGUAUUUAUUUAUAUAAAAUAUUUAAAUGCUUUACAUCAAUCUAUAGUGAAAGGUUUGACUUUUUAAGCGAAAUUAGGAAGAGUCACUUUUUUUCGUCUAAACAAUGAAAUUAAGAUUUAUUCACUAAAAUAGUAAGCUAUUAUGUCUCAGGAAAUCAACUUGGGCGUUGCCAUGGAGAUUAAAACUUUUUGGCUAUUUAAGUCUAAUUAAAAAAUAUUAGGGAAUUGCAAAUUAAAGACCAGAUUAGCCAAACUGAAAGCAAUUGUUUUACAUUUGUAAUUCACUUUACAUUCAUUUUUAAUUCUCUCUUUAGUAAAUAAUCUUGCAAAUAUUUCAAGUCAUUACUUAAAUCACUGUUUGAGUAAAGAUCACUAGGACAAUUCCUGAUGAACACGUUCACGCAUAAUAAAAACAAUGCACAUAAAAGACACAAAGAAGUACUUAAGCAGUAAUCUAAUUCUCUGAAUCAAAGCUCACCAGGUCCAGCUCUAUUAUAUCUGUCGGUGUCUGUGUUUGUGAAGUACUUGACAACUGUGUAACUAGAAAUGAAGCUGAUUUAGAUUAGUAGAUGUAUUAAUGUUAUAAAAUACUCAUAUUAAUGUAUAAGAAACACUGUUUUCCAACUUAGAAAAUAAUCUAUUCAGCUGUAAAAGAUUGACUUUACAAGUUUAUCAAUAUAUCAGUUUAAAAAUCUGUCAUCAUUAUAUGCACGUUUGUGUGUAUAUCGAUAAGGGCUCUGUACUCGACAUCUGCCACUUCUUAUUGCCAUGGAUAAAUAAAGGUAGCACUGCAUGCAACUGAAAAUAGUCCAGAGAGGGCACUUUUAUUUUUUGGUUUUAUGCAUAUAUAAUAUAUGUGUGUGUGUGUGUUUAUAUGGUUUGUAUGUGAGUAUGCAAUUAUGUCAUCCUAAAAAGAUAGAUAGACAAAUAAAUCGUUAGAUAGAUAAAUAGAUAGAUAGAUUUGUGUCUGUGCGUUUUGUUAAGAGGCAAAAUAUUUCGAUUGCCGUAAAAAUCUGAACAUUUCUAAAACUGUUAAAUGUUGUGAAUCACAUGAUAGAUACAUUAAAAAACUGUAAAAAAAAAAAAAAGUAAUGUGCAAAAAUGAUUUUUGCAGUAUUGAAUAUUUGACCUAAAGAUAAUUAUACAGAAUUUGAAUAAGCAAGAUUUUUAUUUCACAACUUUUUUCAAGACAUUUAUAAUUUAUGUAUAUCAUAUAGGUUUUAAAAUUCUCCUUAAAACUGUAUUCAGUUCAAUCAUGUGUAAACUAUUGAAAGAGAAUGUGUAAAAAGUCCACUGGAUACUAUUUUGAUGAUGGACCAUAAUAAACAGGAAGUAAUUUUUUCAGCAAAGUUCUGUGGGGAAAAAAGGAUAAUAGAUAGGGAUGAAUUUUCUUAGCAGAGUAAGGGUUUAUUCUUCUUACAGAAAUAUGCAUUCUAGAAAGUUUGAAAACAUAUUUUAAAAAAUAUGCUGUUAGAUAUACAAUCUCUCUAUCUAUUCAUUCCUAGGACUCUGUCAUACGUACAACAUGUUUUUCUCAGAUCCAUGGCUAAGUGCAUACCGAUGUUCGUUGAGACCCAGGUUUGGCACCAUCUACAUAUUGCUGCUAUUGUUAUUACAUAGCCUCAUAUCUGUCGAUAGCAGAUCUUUUCACCAUGAGAUUGAAGUCAGAAGUAAGUAUGUCUUUGAAAAAAAAAAUCAUUGGUGGUUUGCAAGUUGCAUUUUUAGACUUUUUAUGCAGCUAUUUUGACAGUCUGCUAACUUAAAUAAAUAUACCUAACAUAAAACUGCUUACUUGGCUAAUGAAGUCCAAUAAUAGCUACCAAGCUAAUUUUAACUCUAAACUAAAUCAUACAUAAAUGUACUAUGCUAUGGUUUGAGAGUGCAGCUUCACAAGUUUAUUUUUAGGUUGUUUAGUUCUUUAUAUUUUAAUCCAUACAAUUAUUGUAUUCAUAUUUUAAGGACCUUUUAAAAAUAUGUGAGUAGUGACCUGCUCAUAAACAGGUCUCUACAAAAGAACAAAAGACCACUAUCUGCACAUAACCUCAGCAAUCAGUACUUAGUGUGCAUUUUGAACAUAUAGCUUUAUAUUUUAGGGAUAGUUUCUCACUGUAAAUGUUAGAAUGAAAUAAUUUUAAAUUUAGAGUUGUUUUGUAGGCAUCAUGCCAUUAGUUGUAUUUUUAUAACCUUAGUGUUAGUUGCACAAUUUAAACAGUAACCAACUAACACUUGGUUUAAAAAAAUGGUGAUUACACACUAUGCAAUCCUUUUUCCACCAUAAAAGGUAGCCUCGUAUUUUGAUCUCAGUUCCACUAUGCUCAAUGAAAAACAGACAAGGAUUAAAUGAUUAGCUUAGUCAAUUAAGAUAUACAUUCAUCAGCAUAAUAAAAGCUUUGCAAUAUUGAGGAAAAAAAAGUGAUUUGAAAGAAACUGGAAUAUUAACUACAGACCCAUAAUACUUAACACUGCUUGAUGAGUAUGAAUGUAUUAAAGGGUUUCUCCAAAUCUUUUUCACUGAUGAUAGAUUAAUGCCACACUGGCAUUAUUAUUUUAUUCCCCUCCCCCUACAAAAAAGCUCAAACAUUGUUUUUUAACUAGUUUACUUGCCUUAAUCCAAAGUAGGGCAAAGCUCCCCGGGGCUACUCGGUGACCCCUGUCAAAUGUCACGGGAGCCACUCACUCUGAAUCGGCAAACAAAGAGGGAGGUGAGGAGGGCGGGAAUCUUAAAAGAAUUUGUGAAUGGUAUUGGGAGGAGGAAGGGCUAACCUUUGUGUGGGAGGGAGGUGAGACAAGUGCCAUGCAGUGCGUGCUAACAACAGACACGAUUUAGGCACAGAAUUGACAUUAGGCAGCAGAACAUGUGGGCUGCCUAAGACAUGUGUGCUGGGAGUGGACUUUCCCUAGCACACAAUUAAAAUUUAUUCUGGAUGUGCAGUGCUUCAAACUGAAUCAUGGCACAUCUAGACUCCUACCACCAGUUCAAAGAGCAGAAGUGGUCAUUGUGGUUAGAGUAACCCUUUAAGAUGCAACACAGUUAUAUGGCUGGGGCAGAGGGGUAUGAAUCAUAUACCUAUAACUUAUCAUGCACUUCACACUUCAAAAUACUUACUCAUAGGUGUGGUAAGUAUGGUUAUAGUAAAAUAUGCUACACUUUUCUACUAAUGUAAAGACAAUUAAGGUGUUCUAUGUCUUAAGGGGCAAACUAAGUAUUAUAAACACCACAACUUUUUGUAGUAGGUAUCCAAGGAGUUUUGGGUGCCAUUGCACCAUUUAUUGUUAAACCCUUUACUCAAGAUUUAUAGUACAAUUGACCACAUAAUAUACAAGAGUUACUUUUAGUGCUGGCAGGAAGGUCCUGUCCUUCCAUGCUUGCUAGAAAAACACAUAUUUUCUAUUUAUUUUUAUCACUUUGCUAUUUCUUUAAAUAUGAAAGAACAAAUAAAAAUCGUGUAAAUCUAGUAAAAUAUGUUGAAGUAUGCUUUCAAAAAUAUACAGUUACUCUUUCAUCCUUUACAUGUUUCAGAUAAAUGAUCAAUUUAACUUUUUAAAAACUUUUUUAAACAAAAUUAACAUAAUAGUGAAUGAACUAUGUAAAAUGUACAUUUUCAAAUUUGUUACAGAAUGAAUGUACUAAAUUAUCAAAACGGAACUGUUUUGCAUGAAAUGUGACGUAAAAAAAUAUAUAUAAAUGUCUAGUAUUAGCAUUAAAGACAUCUAUUUUUGUAAUAAUUUUUUACAAAUGCAGGUCCUGACAUUGACCCUUAUUGGUAUGUGGGCCGUGGAGUUAGGCCAAUUGGCCGAUUUGGAAAAAGGCAUCUAAAGAACAUGACCAACUUACAGCCACAACUAAGUACUAUAAUUGCAAUGAUUCUGAAGCAUCUGAAGAAGCACGAAAGACUAGAUUUAGAAAAAGUAUUUGAAGCUAAAAACUGGUGA